GCCCGCAGAGCCGCCGCGGGGGAACCCAGUUUCCGAGGAACUUUUCUCGGGCGCCGGGCCCCACAGAGGCCAGGGCGUGACGCGAACGCGCAGAGCGGCUGCGGCGGUCCCGGCGGGCCGCCGGGAGGAGGCGACUGCGCCAUGGACGAGCCGCCCUUCACAGAGGCAGCCUUGGAGCAGGCGCUGGCCGAGCCAUGCGAGCUGGACGCGGCGCUGCUGACCGACAUCGAAGGUGCUCUGGGGCUGGGGCGAGGCAGGACAACCGGCAGGCCAGCCGCCUGGACGCCCCGAGGGGCGGCGGGCGCGGGCCGCGGAACCAUGGACUGCACGUUCGAAGACAUGCUUCAGCUCAUCAACAACCAAGACAGCGACUUCCCCGGCCUGUUCGACGCGCCCUACGCUGGCGUUGCAGGAGGCACGGACCCCACCAGUCCUGAUGCCAGCUCCCCAGGCAGCCCGACGCCACCUCCUUCCACGAUGAGCUCCCCGCUUGAAGGCUUCCUGGGGGGGGCCAGGACGCCACCGCCCCCUCCCGUGUCCCCAACCCAGCCUGCACCCACCCCGCUGCAGAUGUACCCCUCGGUGCCUGCCUUCUCGCCUGGGCCGGGCAUCAAGGAGGAGCCAGGGCCACUGACCAUCCUGCAGCCCCCCACCCCACAGCCCCUGUCCGGGGCUCUCCUGCCCCAGAGCCUUCCAGCCCCCGCCCCUCCGCAGUUGAGCCCUGCCCCCGUGUUGGGCUACCCCAGCCCUCCUGGAAGCUUCUCCUCAGCGACCCCUCCAGGGAGCACCUCACAGACGCUGCCUGGCCUGCCGCUGGCCUCUCUGCCCGGGGUCCCGCCCGUCUCCGUGCACACCCAGGUCCAAAGUGCGGCCCCCCAGCAGCUGUUGACAGCCACGGCCACCCCCGUGGUGUCCCCUGGAACUACCACUGUGACCUCGCAGAUCCAGCAGGUCCCGGUCCUGCUGCAGCCCCACUUCAUCAAGGCGGACUCUCUGCUCCUGACGACCAUGAAAACAGACAUGGGGACCCCUGUGAAGGCGGCGGGCAUCGGCUCCCUGGCCCCUGGCACAGCCGUGCAGGCAGCACCUUUGCAGACCCUGGUGAGCGGCGGGACCAUCCUGGCGACGGUGCCUCUGGUGGUGGACACUGACAAGCUGCCCAUCAACCGCCUGGCAGCUGGGGGCAAAGCCCUGAGCUCAGGCCAGAGCCGUGGUGAGAAGCGGACGGCUCACAACGCCAUCGAGAAACGCUACCGCUCCUCCAUCAACGACAAGAUCGUCGAGCUCAAGGACCUGGUGGUGGGCACGGAGGCGAAGCUGAAUAAAUCCGCCGUCCUACGCAAGGCCAUCGACUACAUCCGCUUCCUUCAGCAGAGCAACCAGAAGCUCAAGCAGGAGAACCUGAGUCUGCGGACUGCUGCCCACAAAAGCAAGUCUCUGAAGGACCUGGUGUCCUGCAGCAGCGGAGGCCGCACCGACGUGCCCAUGGAGGGUGUGAAGCCAGAGGUGGUAGACACCCUGAGCCCGCCCCCCUCCGAUGCCGGCUCGCCCUCCCAGAGCAGCCCCUUGUCCCUCGGCAGCAGGGGCAGCAGCAGUGGUGGCAGUGGCAGUGACUCAGAGCCCGACAGCCCGGUUUUUGAGGACAGCCAGAUGAAGCCAGAGCAGCUGCCGGCCCCCCAUGGCCGGGGCAUGCUGGACCGCUCCCGCCUUGCCCUGUGUGUGCUCGUCUUCCUCUGUCUCUCCUGCAACCCCUUGGCCUCACUGCUGGGCAGCUGGGCUCUCCCUGGCCCCUCCGAUGCCACCAGCGCCUACCACGGGCCCUGGCGCAGCGUCCUGGGCGCUGAGGGCAGAGAUGGCCCUGGCUGGGCCCUGUGGCUGCUGCCCCCGCUGGUCUGGCUGACGAAUGGGCUGCUGGCGCUGCUCUUCUUGGCGCUUCUCUUUGUCUAUGGAGAGCCGGUCACGCGGCCCCACUCGGAUCCAGCUGUGCGCUUCUGGAGGCAUAGCAAGCAGGCCGACCUGGACCUGGCCCGGGGGGACUUCGCCCAGGCUGCCCAGCAGCUGUGGCUGGCCCUGCGGGCGCUGGGCCGGCCCCUGCCCACCUCCCACUUGGACCUGGCCUGCAGCCUGCUCUGGAACCUCAUCCGCCACCUGCUGCAGCGUCUCUGGGUGGGCCGCUGGCUGGCGGGCCGGGCCGGGGGCCUGCGGAGGGACAGCGCCCUGGAGGCGGAUGCCCGCACCAGCGCCUGUGACGCGGCCCUCGUCUACCACAAGCUGCACCAGCUGCACACCAUGGGGAAGUACCCAGGCGGGCACCUCGAUGCCGCCAACCUGGCGCUGAGUGCCCUGAACCUGGCGGAGUGUGCGGGUGGUGCCCUGUCCGUGGCCGUGCUGGCAGAGGUCUAUGUGGCCGCCGCCCUGCGAGUCAAGACCAGUCUUCCCCGGGCCUUGCACUUUCUGACCCGCUUCUUCCUGAGUAGCGCCCGCCAGGCCUGCCUGGCACAGAGCGGCUCGGUGCCUGUUGCCAUGCAGUGGCUCUGCCACCCUGUGGGCCACCGUUUCUUCGUGGAUGGGGACUGGGCCGUGUGCGGUGCCCCCCGGGACAGCUUGUACAGCGUGGCUGGGAACCCAGUGGACCCCCUGGCCCAGGUGACUCAGUUGUUCCGUGAACACCUCUUGGAGCAAGCCCUGCAUUGCGUGGCCCAGCCCAGCCCCGGCCCUGGAUCAGCUGAUGGGGACAGGGAAUUCUCAGAGGCCCUCGGGUUCCUGCAGCUGCUCAACAGCUGUUGUGACACAGCCGGGGCUCCUGCCUGCAGCUUCUCCAUUGCCUCCAGCACAGCUGCCACGGCCGGCACAGACCCGGUCGCCAAGUGGUGGGCCUCGCUGACGGCUGUGGUGACCCACUGGCUGGGGCGGGACGAGGAGGCGGCUGAGCGGCUGUACCCGCUGGUGGAGCACCUGCCCCGCGCCCUGCAGGAGUCCGAGAGACCCCUGCCCAGGGCAGCUCUGCACUCCUUCAAGGCCGCCCGGGCCCUGCUGGGCCGCGGGAAGGCAGAGUCUGGCUCAGCCAGCCUGGCCAUGUGUGAGAAGGCCAGUGGGUACCUGCAGGACAGCCUGGCCACCACGCCAGCCGGCAGCUCCAUUGACAAGGCCAUGCAGCUGCUCCUGUGUGACCUGCUCCUUGUGGCGCGCACCAGCCUGUGGCAGCGGCAGAAGCCGCCCCCACCCUCCCAGGCCUCGCAGGGCUCGAGCAGCGGGGCCCAGGCCUCUGCGCUCGAGCUGCGCGGCUUCCAGAGGGACCUGAGUGGCCUGAGGCGUCUGGCGCAGAGCUUCCGGCCUGCCAUGCGGAGGGUGUUCCUCCAUGAGGCCACCGCCAGGCUGAUGGCCGGGGCCAGCCCCGCGCGGACGCACCAGCUCCUGGACCGCAGUCUGAGGAGGAGGGCGGGCCCCUGCGGCAGAGGAGGCGCGGCGGCGGCGGCGGCGGAGCUGGAACCGCGGCCCACGCGGCGGGAGCAGGCCGAGGCCCUCCUGCUCGCCUCCUGCUACCUGCCGCCCGGCUUCCUGUCGGCGCCGGGGCAGCGCGUGGGCAUGCUGGCCGAGGCGGCGCGCACGCUCGAGAAGCUCGGCGACCGCCGGCUGCUGCACGACUGCCAGCAGAUGCUCAUGCGCCUGGGCGGCGGGACCACCGUGACCUCCAGCUAGACCCCCUGCGGGCGGCCCAGCCCCAGCGACCCCGUCUCAGUCUCGACGGCCGAGGGCAGCUCUGGAGCCCCCGGCCCCCGGCUCGCCGGCGGAGUGUCCGGUCCCUGGGGGUAUGGAGACGCGGGGCCCGGCGUUGACGGGGCCGUCCAGCCCGCACCCCGGGUGGACGAGCGGCCGCCAGGGUGGUGCUGGCCUCUGGUGGCCGGCCGAGGGAUUGCCGGGGCCUGGCGGCCGCCAGGUGCCUCCCAUUCCACCCACUGGCAGCCACUCCGCGGCUUUCCCUCUCUGUCCAGGGGGAGGAAAGGGGUGCGUUUCACUGGGCCGAGGGGCCGGCUUGGCCUUCCUUGCCGCCGGGCGCCUCCUUCCCUCUGGGGAGGCCUGUGCGUAGUGUAGAUGGGGUGCACCAGCCUCCCGGCCUCUGAGGCUCGAGUGUUCCUUAGCCUUUUGCAGACUUUAUUUUCAUAGGUUGAGAAGUUUUGUACAGAGAAUAAAAAAGGAAAUUAUUUAUAA